AAUGCAAUAUAUGACAUACUCUGCCAAAGAAUUGAAUACAUACAGAAGAAUCAUGGGUCUCCAGAGUAAAUUAUGGAACAUUUUUCAACGAAUUUAUCUUAUUGGAAAACAACCAACUAAUUCAAAUCUAUGUAUAUAUAUACAUAAAUAGAAAGAGAUAUUUGAUGAUUUUUAUUCAUCAUAUUUUAUAUUUCAAAACUACUACAAAAGAUCAAUAAAAUUGAUUAUAGAAAGUAAUGGCUGUGGAAAGAUUGGGUAUAUUGCUACAAUUUAAAAAACCAAGAUCAGAAAAUAGGUCGUUGUUGCCACCACAAGAAGAAAAGCCAUGGAAUUGCUUAUUUCGUUCUUUUCAUCAUCCACAUGAAGAAAAUAAAAAUCCAACCCAUUCAUGUUGGUCAUUUUUAAGUUGGAUUAAUAUCAAAACUAAAUCCAAAGCAUGUUGUAUGAAGGAUCAUGGAUUAAAAUCCCAAGUGCAUCCAUUAUCAUCAAGGGUUAUUAGAAGGCGAAAUAGUCAUCCCGUGCAUCAAGAUGAACUAGAACAUAAAUACAAAAAUAAAGAUGAUGAAGUCUUUAGAUUGAAAACAAUUCAACCUAACUCAUCCUCUAAAAGAAGUAAUAGUUGUGAAAGUAAACAUGCAUCUACUCCGCAACACAUUCCAUGUUGUCUAUACCAAUCAAAGUUUAAUUGGAAAAUGGGACAAACCAUUUUAGAUGUUUGGCCCAAAAAGUCUUGUGAUUUUAAAACUCAUACACAAAAUAUAAGAUCAUCAAUAACAACUUCAUCAAAUUGGCGUUGGUUUCAAUCAUCAAAUUCAAUGUUUCAAGACUUUUUGGAGGAUUCGAAAAUUUUGAAGAAUAUAGAUUCAAAGGAUUUUAAUGAGUAUCGUGAAUUGUUGUUGAAUGAGCCAUUAACUCAUGAUAGGUUGCAAUAUUACCCAAAAAUUGUGCUAAGGGCUUUUGUAUAUUUGCUUCGAAAUCAACAACCUCCUCUAAACUUUCAUAAAAAAAUACUAAUCAAAUUGUGUACAGAAUGGACAUGCAAAAACAAAAAUUAUUUUUGUAUUUUUGAAAAAAAAUCAAGUGAAUUGUUGGAAAAUGGACCCAAAAGCUUGAAUUUGUCAAAUACCGGUUUAUUAACUAAGAAUUUUAAUAAAGCCGUAAAAUGGAUCUCUACAAAAAAAGAUACUUUGAAAUUAUAUUCUAGUGAAUCAUCAAGCAGUAAUCAUACACACUUGAAUGGAUCUAUAAAUGACAAACAAAGUAUGAAAUUAAGCAAUGAACUCAUGUUUGAAGAACAAAAUCAACUUGUUUGCAAUAAUGAAGAUGAAAAAGAUGACAAUUGGUGCAACAACAAAAAUAAAGAACCAUCUAAUGUUUUUGAAGGAAUUCAAGAAACAUUUUGUCCAUGUUUUACUUGUAGCAAUGACAAUACUUUUUGCCAUGGAUGUAUGUGUACAAUAUGCAAAGAUACAGGUCCACUUCGAGAGCCUAUAUUUUGGUUAAAAUGUGUAGAAUGUAUACAUAUUACACACUUACAAUGUGCAAGCAAGGUGGGAUUUGUGGGGUUCAAUUCCAUGAGAAACCUUGAUGGAGAAUAUUGGUGCCAAAGUUGUGAUGCAAAGAAAGACCUCAUUUCAUACUGGAAAUCACUAUUAAAAGAAGCAAGUCAAUGUGACAAUAUAUCUAGGCUUGAACUUCUACUUUAUUGUGCAAUGUCAAUUUUGAAAAAUACAAAGCGUUCAAAAUAUGAAGACCUUCAAAUUCUUGUUUGUGAAGCAUGGGGUUUAAUUGCUAAGGGUGCUCAAUUAGCUGAUAUUCAAAUUCUCAUUGGAAUUAUAUGUAAAAAUUUUGAAUCAAUCAAUGACUUAAAAGGAAAUGAUGACCAAAACAAGAAUCUACAAGAAAAUGAGGAAAAUUAUUUGAAACAAGCAGUAGAUGACAUUGCAGGAGUACAAGAAACAAUAAAAGAAGUAGAAGCAUGGAAACUUGUUCUUUUGCAAACAGAAGAACAACUUAAGCGUCUCAAGCUCAAAUUGGAGCUCAAAUCCAAAAAUGCCAAUAUUUCAAAUCAAAUUACUACAACUACCACGAAAAGAAAUUUUCACAACCCAAAUGAUAAUCUUGUCGUCAUUUAUGAUUAAUAAUAAUUUGGAUUCUAGCACAAGUUUUUUUAUAUGCAAAAAAAAAUUAAACAAAGCUUUUCAUGUAGAGUAAAAUGGCAUUUCUAGCAAAUGCAUUAGCAUGUUGCUAAUGUGUAUUGGUUUAUAGAAAGUGCCUAUAUAGGUCUUUUCUAUUUUUGAAAACCAGUUUGAUUCAUACAUUUGUUUCAUUCAGAUAAGUGUUGAGAGAACCCCGACCUAUCUGUUUUUAUUUAAAUAAAUUUCUAGUAAAAAUUGUGUGAAUAAAGAAUCGUUUGUACUAA